ACGGACAGGCAGGGCUUUCCGGCUCCGGUGUCAUGGCCGGCUCCUACACCGAAGGUGAGCUCGCAGCCGUCGGCGGGAAGAGGCAGCAGUUUGGGAGCCGAUUCUUGAGCGAGCCGGCGCGCGUCUUCCACCACAAUGCCUGGGACAAUGUGGAGUGGUCGGAAGAGCAGGCCGCGGCGGCGGAGAGGAAAGUCCAGGAGAACAGCACCCAGCGGGUGUGCCAGGAGAAGCAAGUUGAUUAUGAGCUCAAUGCCCACAAAUAUUGGAACGACUUCUACAAAAUUCAUGAAAAUGGGUUUUUCAAGGAUAGACAUUGGCUUUUUACCGAAUUCCCAGAGCUGGCACCUGGCCAAAACCAAAAUCACUUGAAGGAUUUACCCUCAGAGAAUGAGAGAAGUGAAGUACCUCAAUGUAGAAGCAGUGAGAAUGGACCUGGUUUAAUAAUAGAAGAACAGCACACGUGUUCUUCAAACGACCUUGGACAUAAAACACAGACACCUUCCCUGGGGGAGAAUGUAACUCAGAAACUCAGUCACCUGGAAAUCUGUGCUGAUGAGUUUCCUGGAUCCUCAGCCACCUAUCGAAUACUUGAGGUUGGUUGUGGUGUUGGAAACACAGUCUUUCCAAUUUUACAAACUAAUAAUGACCCAGGACUCUUUGUUUACUGUUGUGAUUUUUCUUCCACAGCCGUAGAAUUGGUCCAGACAAAUUCAGCAUAUGAUCCUUCUCGCUGUUUUGCCUUUGUUCACGAUCUGUGCGAUGAAGAUAAGAGUUACCCAGUGCCCAGGGAAAGUCUUGACAUCAUCAUCCUCAUAUUUGUUCUUUCAGCAAUUGUUCCAGACAAGAUGCAGAAGGCUAUCAACAGGCUGAGCAGGCUUCUGAAGCCUGGAGGAAUGAUGCUUCUGCGAGAUUAUGGCCGCUAUGACAUGGCUCAGCUUCGGUUUAAAAAAGGUCAGUGUCUGUCUGACAACUUCUAUGUGAGAGGCGAUGGCACCAGAGUUUACUUCUUCACACAAGAUGAACUGGACACGCUUUUCACUACUGCUGGACUGAAAAAGGUUCAGAACCUGGUGGACCGCCGAUUACAAGUGAACCGAGGGAAACAGCUGACUAUGUACCGCGUUUGGAUUCAGUGCAAAUAUCGCAAGCCUUUCCUGUCCAGCCCCACUGAGAGCACCUGGGCCUGACGUGAUGCGGGCUCACUGGGGCUUUUUAAAAAGAACAUCCACAAAUGGAGUCAUGUUGAUGUCAGACAGUUCAGGGAUUCAGACAGACUUGAACCAUGAACCCAAGAAAAAUUACUUUUUAUCAAGAUUCUAGCAAUUGUGCUUCAUAUUUGUGAGAAGCUCUUUAAUAUAUACGUCUCUCAAGUUUUUUCUUACUUUGGGAUCUCAAAGAAUCUU